UACAGUAAUUACUAUUCCAUGCAAAAAUGUGAUAUGAUUUUAAAAAAUAGUCAGUUCCAUACUGUAAAAUGUCUUUACCGUUAUUAUUCUUAAAUAAUAAUUGAAAAUGAACUAACGAAUGUAAAGUUCAUUACACCCUUGUAUUAAAUACUAUGAUGUUGUUUCUAUUCUUUGUAAGUUAUUUGUCAUUGUUUUGUUGUGGAACAUAUGCGUCUGAUGAAGUUAAAAGCGAUAAAAAUGUAAUUGUCGACUGUGGUACUUUACGAUUGGGACAGUAUAUUUGUCCUGAUCCUAGUAUAAAUCAAAUAGAUCCAGACACUCAACAAUAUCGCGGCUGUACUAAAGGAAAGGAUAUUGCUUCAGAUGGAGAAGCAGAAGUACAAUGUAUAGCAGCAGAUGGAAUUAUCUGUAAUGAAACAAACAAUUCUACCUUUAGAAGGAAACUACCCUGUAAAUGGACGAAUGGUUAUUCUCUUGAAAUAGCACUAUUGCUAUCAGUAUUUCUAGGAAUGUUUGGUUUGGACAGAUUCUAUCUAGGAUAUCCUGGUAUUGGCCUAGCUAAGUUGUGUACACUUGGAUUUAUGUUCCUUGGUCAGUUACUUGACAUCAUACUUAUUGCGGCACAGGUUGUAGGACCAUCAGAUGGGUCGGCAUAUGUCAUACCGUAUUAUGGAGCUGGAGUUUCUGUUGUAAGAAGCGACAAUGAGACUUACCUUUUGCCUCAAGCCGACUGGCACAACAUUACCUGACAGUGGGGUACGAUAUCCUUUGAAAUUGAUGAGGAUUAUGAGUGGACUUAACACAACUUUUGGAUUUCACGGACGGAGUAAAGUGUUUCAUGAAAUUAUACAAACUUCUAUUAGUGACUUCGAAAUUGAGCUCUCCAACAGUGUAUAUAUAAGUGUUUUUUGUAUAUAUGUAAAUAUCAUAAUAAAUUUAUUAACAUAAGCUGUAUAAAUGUAAAUAAAACUAUAUUAACAACAU